AAACUUAUUCUUUUAAAAAUUAAGUUAUUUAUUGAGCUCUUGAAUAGGGCCAGCUACUGUGGAAUCUCAGGGAACAAGACUCUGAAGAGCCCAAUAGCAAAAAAAUACACUUACAGGCUCAGUGAUAGAGACAUGAGUACUAUGUGCAAAAGAGGCAAAAACAACAGGCAUGUAACUCAGACAAUGAAGAUUCAAGAAACUUUUUCUCAGGAAGUGACACUAAGCCCAAACUUAGUAUCCUGCUAGUAACUUCUAGUGAAGGUAAGGGCGGGGUGGGAUGCUUCUAAUGAACAGAGGAACAAGAAAGAGACUCCACCCAAAUUAUAAAUAUUUUGCUCUGCUUUGUGGAAAGUGAAUGUCCCUCUUUGCUGGACACACUCGAAAGAGCUGUUUCACAGGGAACAUUCCUUUCUAAAUAUAGAACCUUUAUCACAGGAGUGUGCUAUCCACGAAGCACUUCUGGUCUUAGGAGUUGAUGUUAUAAUUUGGCUUGUAGGUAGAGACAGAAUCCGUGCAAUUUGGGCAUUUCUAAUUAAUAUUCAUCCACAAUUUCAACUGUCAGCGUUAAUUUCAAAUAAUAUCCGACCUACUUAUAAACAGAAUAAAAUCGACUUCACUGCUAAAACACGGUUGAAAUGCAAUCAGAUUAGAGAAUAUAAACACCAGACAAAUAACCCAUGUGAAGACUUGCCCCAACAAACUGCCCAGCACAUAGAAAGUGCUCACAAUUGCAGUUUGCUUUUUUGGUUUUCUUUCUUUCUUUUUUAUUUCUAGUUGGUAAGUUUUAACAAUGAAAUAAAAUUGCACUUUCACAAGUGUUGAAAAAAUAGUGCAUAUAAUUCUUAGCUAGACUUCACCCAGCUCGCCCUAAUGGUAGCAUCCUCUACAACCACAGUUCAAUUAUUAACACUAAGGAAUGAACACUAUACACAAAUACUGAAAACUAAAAUACACAUUUAAGGAUGGCUCAGGGUCCCAAGCCAGGCCUGGCUGGGUAAGCACCACCACCACCUGUGCCCCCAAGGCGCAUAUCGCACACUCUCUGGGCACCCCCUGUCGGAUCUGCGAUGGUGGUGCCAUGCACAGGUUUCCUGACUCCAUAUCCCAACACCUAGGGGCUGUGGACCUCGCUGAGGUCUGUGAGUCCCCAGGGGUGCCAGAAGGGCCAAGCUUUGCGGUGUCAGAGGGGAAAAAGACUAACUGAAACAUAAAUAAAAUUAAAAGAUAUGAAUACAGACAUAAUUAGGAGUUUCCCAGUUUUUCCACUAAGGUCACUUUUCUGCUACAGGAUACAAUUGGAUUAACUAUUGACAAGCUCAUCAUGACUCCUUGGUCUCCUCCUCCAACUUGGUGUCUCAUUCUGUCUUCCCUUGGCCUUCAUGACCUCCAAAGUAUAAAUAAUUGAGGUUAAAUAUCUUCGGGAUUUUUUUUUUCUACUUAUACUAAUUUCUUUACCCAAUACUGGAGUAGGUAACUUGUUUAUGUACCACACAUAAAACACGAUGUUCUAUCAGAUGAAAAAUGGAAGGAAAAUUGGGUAUUCAUGAAGAAAUUAGAGAUAAAUGACUAAACUAGAAAACACUGCAUGUUAUUUGGAUGACAAUUCUAAAAUCAAAAGUAAAAUAAAAAUGAAAGAACUUCUAUGAUCAUGGCAGUAAAAGCAAACAUUCCAAUACUGCACACAUAGCCUCUACAUAAUGUCAAACUUAGCCAUUUAUUUGCAUUUUAUAGGUACCAACACUUCCAAGUAACUUAUGAGUCCAUCCAACCUGAUGAGUAGUGAAGAACUUUUAGGAGCAAAAGGACAUUAUAUAUCCACAAAACUGUAUCACAUGGAUAAUGCUUUCUAAUCCCAUAGCUAAAUACAUUGGAGAGAAUAAAUGGCAAAAUUUAGCUUAACUGAAAACUAGAGAUGGGAGAACAUACAAGAGGUAGAAAAAUAUGGACUGUAAUAUAAAAUGAUUUCAGAAAAAGAAAAUCUUGAGGGGAUCUAUUAUGCACAUAAAAGAGCUGAGAAUUCCUGACUUUUGACGGGACAUAAGGAAGUCAAAGAAGAAAAUGACUAUUCACUGAAUAGAUUGGAUUUUUUUUACACAAUGGCCACACCCUCAUAAUUUCAUACAAGUUUUCUCAGUUCAAGGUCACGUGAGUUGGUGAGAAGUUGAGAAGAACUACAAGUCAGCCAUGAGAAACCGUACAUCAUUAUCUACAUUCAUACUUCUGGGACUGACAGGUGAUCCUCAAAUGCAGCUUCUCAUUUUUAUAUUUCUGUUUGUCUCCUACACGCUGAGUAUAACUGGGAACAUGACCAUCAUUAUACUCACUUUGGUAGAUUCUCGCCUUAAAACUGCCAUGUACUUCUUCCUCAAACACUUCUCCUUUUUAGAAACCUUCUUCACUACAGUCUGCAUCCCCAGGUUCCUAUACAGCUUAUCAACUGGGGACAAAACUAUCUCCUAUAAUGCCUGUAUGGCUCAACUAUUUUUUGUCAUCCUUUUUGGAGCCACAGAAUUUUUUCUCCUGGCCGCCAUGUCCUAUGACCGCUACGUGGCCACCUGCAAACCCUUACAUUAUGCGACCAUCAUGAACAGCAGAGUCUGUGGAUGGCUUGUCAGCUGCUGCUGGAUAGCAGGUUGGUUGGUCAUAUUUCCACCACUGUGCCUGGGCCUAAACCUGGAAUUCUGUGACUCUAAUAUCAUCGAUCAUUUUGCCUGUGAUGCUUCUCCUUUGCUGAAGAUAUCUUGUUCAGACACACAGUUCUUAGAACAGAUGACUAUUGCCCUUGCUGUGCUGACUGACAUCAUGACACUUCUGUGUGUAGUUAUGUCGUAUACCUACAUCAUCAAGACCAUCAUAAAGUUCCCUUCUGCCCAGCAAAAGAUGAAGGCCUUCUCUACCUGCUCUUCUCACUUGAUAGUGGUUUCUAUUACCUUUGGCAGUUGUAUCUUCAUCUAUGUCAAACCUUCAGCAAAGGAUGAUAUCAAAAUUAAUGUGUGUGUCCGUGCUCUCUACUUCAGUUUCCCCCAUGUUAAACCCAUUUAUUUAUACCCUGAGGAACAAGCAAGUGAAACGAGCUUUCACAGACUUAAUCAAAAGAAUUUCAUUGAUCUCAAAGACAUAAAGGAAUGUUGAAAGUCACCAUCAAAUAUAAAUACAAAAAGAGUAGUGCACCUUAAAGUCAUAAUCAUCAAUUCUUUUUUUUUUUUUUUUCUUCUUCUGCCACAUCACACUCUAAGCCUAUGGAAGUUCCCCAGCCAGGCAUUGAAUCCAAGAUUAGCUGCAGCCUACACAACAACUAAGCAAUGCUGGAUCCUUAACUUGCUGCACCACAGCAGGAACUCCAUAAUCUACAAUUCUUAACUAUUUUACCCUGGUCUACUGUCUGUUCAUAUUAAAUGCUCAUAAUACUGUUAGUCCUGAAUCUUGUCUCCCAAAUCAUCAUUUCAAUCCAUGUUAAUAUAAGGAAGUUGAGUCAUUUCAACUUUUGUUGAAAAUAAACUUUCUCCAAGAUAACAUUAUAUAUCAAGAGAGCAUGAAAUUAAAUUUCCAGGAAAAGGGUCUUAAAUUCUAACCUGGCUCUGAUCAAGAAAAGAACAAUUUAAUCAUAUAUCAAAAUAAAAAAAUCAAAUUCUUGAAGUAAUAGGGAAAUAAUGAAGUCAUAGUAGCCAUUGCUUUCUUUAAAACCAAAAAUUCAAAAAGUAUAUAUAUACAAUUACAGUUACUCUCCUCAAGCAAAAAUAAGAUAAGUUUUGAAAAUAUUAACGAGGUAGUUUGAUCAAAACGGAAUAUAUUUUAACACUAUGGGUUUACAAACCGGGAGGUCCACAUCUACCUUGUAAAAAAAAAAUCUUUAAAACCCAACAAUUUAGAGUUGAGAGUGAACCACUGCAUUCUCUCUAGAGUGAAAGAACACAGCCUGUACAUUAAUUCAUCACCCAGGUUGCAGUGAUCUAGUAAAAUCUGCUGAGACAACAAAACCAUCUUUAUGAUGAUAAAGCAAGGCUACUGCCGAAAUACAUAAUACAGUGCGAGUCCUAAAUAUAGCAGCUAAGUGAAGCCAACAGGAGCCAGUUGUGAUUCUGUCUGCUUUGUUCAUGGCUGUACCAUUACCACCUGAAGAGUGCACAGAAUAUAUAAUUGGUUCUCAAUAAAUAUCGACAGAAGUUAAUGGCUGUAUUCCAGAAAAUGUAAAAAGAAAAAAGUGAUAGUGGCUGCAAUACACAAAAGACAACAGAGAAUUCAAUGUGCUUUGGGCUUGUUUAUUGGGAAUUUAUUCUAAUUUUUUGCUUAAGGUUUCAUUCAG